GGCUGCGUUUUUCCGGCGGCGCAGAAACUUCUUGCGCGGUUGCUAUGGUUCUGAGGGCAAGACUAUGGGAGGCUGCCCUGUACGGAAAAGAAGAAAUGGCAAUAAAGAGGGCAACCAUCAUUCCCCCCAGCCCAAAAGGAGUAAGAGAAGCCCUGUCUUUCAGGAUUCUCGAGAUACAGAGUUUUCAUGCAGUGAUAAGGAAAGGAGCAGCAACUACAUUAAUAUGCCUGAGAGAGGAAAUGGACCAGAAGGCAACUUAAACCAGAUUGUUACUGAACCCAAUACAAACAUUCCCCAGUUCUUGCACGAGGGAUGGUCUAAACCUGUUUAUGUCAUAAACCAGUUUAUGUCCUUUGGUCCUGAAAUGAAGCUCAAUAUUUCACAGCAGGGAAGGAACCAAGCUGUUUAAUUAUCUUUGCUAUGAAGGAGAAGUAUUUUCAAGGAAUAUCAGAAGAAAGUAGAAAG